AAUCUAGGGUUAUUACUUUUGACGUCAUUGUAGGACGCAAUAGCGUCUAGCGUUUGCUUUAAAAGAUUCGUGUUCUAAUCUGUCUUUGGAUUUCAAACUAGAAGGCACAGUGAUCAGAACGUUGUUACACUUCGCAAGUGUCAAAACAAAGGUUUGCCAAAAUGGAAUGGAAGAACUUGUCUAUAAAUUUAGCUGUGAUGUUAAUUGCACUUAGUGGUUUGCUUGUAUGUCAAACAGCCGCUAUAGAAUUAGGAAGUGGUUACGACAAUGUGAUAGAAUUGGAACUUUUAUGUAAUUCACGUCUUCCGGAACAUGCUUUUAUUCGUGCAUUUUGUGAAGGACAGAACAGUCGUAUGAAACGCAAAGGUUUUGCUGGACUUGAAAAUUUAGACCUUAUGUCAGGAAUAUUUUCCAAGCUUCCAAUGAGAUCGAGUGCAGGGAUUUCAGAUAUGCAAGCGCUUAUGAGAGAAGUUGGAAGAAAAAGGAAAUAACCUUCCAUACAAGAGACUGUAGUCCUUUGCAUCUUUCGGCAAUGUUUUCCUGUAAUGAACAAAUGAGUUUAAAUGAAAUAUUGAAAUUUGAGUGAACAAGAAAGAUAUGAUUAUAAGACAUUUUAUCAAAGGCCCUUUCUGCGGUUUACGGUGUUUCAGAUCAAUGCUAUAAUACGAUAAUAUAAGUCAAAUAGUUUUAUUGUUAAUGAAAAGACUGCUGUUAAUUAUUUAUAUAUUAUGGUAUAAAACGUAAUACUAUUUUAUAUAUCAUUUGUUACUGUACAAACAGAUUGUAUUAACUCAAGAUAAAAAAUAAUGAAAAUAAAAUAUAAAAUAUAUGA